AACCGAUUAUUGUUGCUGCCUUGAAUAAAGACGACCUCUCAUCUUACCUUCUUUUCUUCCUACGUCUCAACCGCCUGGCUCUUCAUCCCUCAUUGUCAACAGUCAAUUGCAAACAUGACACUCACAUCUCAUUUCGUCCGCCGUGGUAUGGAAGCCGCUCACGGCAUGCACAAGCAUGGCAUGAUGGCUGGAUCUGGAUCAGAUGAUGGUAGCCACGGCAAGCCAGGCGAUGGCCAUCCCCUUCAGAUCCCUCCUGUGGCGGCGUUGGUGUUCUUUCUGAGCGGAUUGCUCGCCAUAAUCAUCAUGUUCUGCAUCGCCUAUACUUAUGGCCACCUCCUUCCCACCCUCUGCAUGGUCGAGUCUCCUGAAACCGAUGCUUACGUUCCUGUUGAUACGAUCGAACCUACAACUCCUCCUGCCUACUCUGAGACAGCGACUCCAAAACCUACCGACGACGAAGAAGAUGGCGACGUUCUCCUUGUCCGCAACAAACCCAUCACGGCCUCAAUCCGUCGUUCCAUGCUUCACCUCCGAGCCCGAGCAGGCUACUGGUCUCGUUUCCGUGGCCUGUCCAUGUUCAUCGUCUGGAACAUUGCAAGCGGUAUUCUCGUCUCUAUCGUUGGGGCUCUCCUCGGCAACCGACUUGGAAUUGCUUUGGCUGCCAUUGUUGCCGAGACGAUCCUCGCAACCUGGCAUAUGACCUGGGUUCACAUAGUUAUUUCCGAACCCAGCGAGAAGAGGUGGUAUCAGCGGAUCCCUUCGUUCAAGACGUGGCCCAAGAUUGCACCGGCUGUUGCAUUGUGGGCCACCUCUAACCAGAUCGUGGCCAUCAUGCCCAUGCUCGUGUGCGGCAGUUUCGGAUCGCUCAAGCAUAUGCACAACCCUGAGUAUAACCCUGGCCGGAAGGAUCUUUACGCCGUCGGAGCACAAGGAUUCAUGGGCAUGUUCCUGACCGUCCUUCUGUUCGUCCUGCUCCAGAUCCCCGCCAGCGUGACGUUGGUCCGAGUGGCCGCAUCAAUGCUCCCAGAAGAGGAUGAGACUAUCGUCCCCUUUGACCGCACUUUUGGUGGCAAGACCACCCCUACCAUUCUUGGUGGUCAGGGCAAGAUUGGACUCGUGGAAGCGUGGAGAAGUUUCCCCUGGGCAAGCCGGGUUCGUCUCCUCAAACUUAUGGUCAAAGUUGCUUUGAUUGUUAUGGCUUGCUGGCUACUUUUCACCAUGCUUCUCGUUGCCGAAGCGCACUUGUUGUUCGGCGACAAGCUCGGAGACAUGAUGAAGGCGAUGCAUGGAAUGGGUCAUAUGGGACGUUCUCAUUGAGCACAGGAUCCAGCAUUGCCUGAUCUUGGCUUCUUAUCCGGCUCCUGAUCAGAUGAUUCCUGUGACUGUUCACGAAAAUUGUACACUAGAGCUGGAUACAUUGGCGUUUUGGUUGAAGCGGUCAUUGGGGGGGGGGGAUGGAUAUAGCCAUGUUUUUACGAAAUGAACCAAAAACAUGCAUACUCUAUCAACCUCAUACUCAUCCACACUCAUCCUACUUGUACUGGGCCGAACUGUUGCCGGGAAUCCAUACUGGAGUACUCCAUAUAUAUUAAGGGACUCUUCGAUCGAUGGGGCCCUCACUGAACUCUGACAAUACGAGUAUCCAUCAAGCCAUAUCCUUUGGUGCGAAAACCACCCGGAACGAGUCUGAGCCAUGCCCAAUUCGUGGCUCCCCACGGGCGAAAUAGACUGAAAACUCCGAGCCUCGGUUGUUGAUUUACAGGCUUCAAGGGGGAAGAAUUUGGGUCGUCGAUUCGGCCGUCUGGAUGGAUAAUGCAAGAUCUUGCUGCUGCAUGUUGCUGUCACAAGCUUCCCAAUAAAAUAAAA